GACCAGACUCUGCUGGACCUGGACCUGGACCCAGCUGUGUGUCCAUGAAGAGUGACCGGUCUAUAGAUCGUUAUAUUAGCUUCAAGGAUGGACAAAAACAUGGUGAACUGAUCACUGACUUUGAAGCGGCAGCUUCAGCGGCAGACUAUUCAGAAGAAGACUCAGGAGGACAAAGACAAAGGAGUCUAAACCGGAGUCUGAUGAAGACACAGGAGGACAAAGACAAAGGAGUCUAAACCGGAGUCUGAUGAAGACUCAGGAGGACAAAGACAAAGGAGUCUAAACCGGAGUCUGAUGAAGACUCAGGAGGACAAAGACAAAGGAGUCUAAACCGGAGUCUAACAAGGAGGCUAACGAGGCUAAGUACCUGUCUGCAAGUGUUCUCUACCUUUCACAUAUGUGCCUUUUUUCCAUUCCUGUUCAUGUCUCCUCUCAUAGAUACUACAAACCUCACAAUCACUCACAGAAUCACCGUAACCUGUCCUCACUUAUCUAUCCCACCCGCUCCACUCACAUCCAACACCAUGUCGCAGGGAGCCUGUGGAACUGCCAGUCAGCUACCCCCAAGACUGAGUUCAUCUCCGGCUUUGCUACUGAGCAAUGCCUGGACUUCCUUGCUCUCACUGAGACUUGGAUAACACCCUCCAACACAGCCACCCCUGCAGCUCUGUCCUCCGCCCACUCCUUCUCCCACACACCCAGAUCCACUGGAAGAGGUGGCGGGACAGGUCUGCUCAUCAACCCCAACUGGACUUUCACUCUUUACCCACUGCCACACUUCUCUUCACAGUCGUUUGAAUUUCAUGCUGUAACUGUAACUCACCCAGUCAAACUAAUCAUUGUUGUCAUCUACCGUCCACCAGGCCCAUUGGGACACUUCUUGGAGGAACUAGAUGUCCUCCUCUCAAACAUCCCAGAAAAUGGCCCACCACUUGUUCUUCUUGGUGACUUCAACAUCCAGUCAGAGAAGUCAUCCGAUCUACUUCUUCUACUUUCGUCUCUUUCUCUCUCACUUGCUCCUUCUCCACCAACUCACAAAGCUGGCAACCACCUUGACCUCAUCUUCACCAGAAACUGCUCUACCUCCGACCUCACGGUAACUCCACUUCAAGUCUCUGAUCAUUUCUUCUUUUCCUACUCUCUCCCACUCUCCCAAUCUGAUGAUCUCAUCUCAUCAGAUACUGCACUUGUCUGUCGCAACAUUCGCUCUCUCUCUCCCUCCUCUCUCUCCUCAACUGUUCUAUCAGCACUUCCUUCAGCUGACUCCUUCUCCCUCAUGCAUCCCAACUCUGCCACAGACACAUUCCUCUCUACUCUGUCCUCCUCUCUUGACUCUCUCUGUCCUCUUACUUCACGGCGGGUUCGUAAAUCCUCCCCAGCCCCGUGGUUGUCGGACUCAGUGCGUGCUGAGAGAGCUACGAUACGGGCAGCAGAAAGGAAAUGGAGGAAAUCAAAACACCCUUUCCUCCCUUCAAGAACUAGGUGUCUCAGGAUCUGCACUUACCCUACUCUCGUCCUAUCUUCAAAACCGAACAUACAGAGUAACCUGGAGAGGAUCUGUGUCUGAACCCUGUCCUCUAGCUACUGGGGUCCCUCAGGGUUCUGUCUUGGGCCCUCUCCUCUUCUCUCUAUACACCAACUCUCUUGGUUCUGUUAUUCUCUCUCAUGGUUUUUCCUAUCACAGCUACGCCGACGACACGCAACUCAUUCUCUCUUUUCCCAGCUCCGACACACAUGUAGCAGAACGGAUCUCCGCUUGUCUGACCGACAUCUCUCAGUGGAUGUCUGACCAUCACCUGAAACUCAAUCUCAACAAGACUGAGUUUCUUUUUCUCCCAGGAAAGGGCUCUCCCACCACAGACCUAACCAUCACCCUCGACAACUCUGUGGUAACUCCGUCUCAUACCGCAAGGAACCUGGGUGUGACACUUGAUGACCAUCUCUCCCUCACUGCCAACAUUGCUGCAACAGCUCGAUCUUGCAGAUACAUGUUGCACAACAUCAGAAGGAUACGGCCUCUUCUAACCCAGAAGGCGGCACAGGUUCUGGUCCAGGCUCUUGUCAUCUCACGCUUGGAUUACUGCAACUCCCUCCUGGCUGGUCUCCCUGCGUGUGCCAUA